AAUGUAACAGAUGUCAAAUUGGAAACGAUUUGGAAGAAUUUGAAAUUAAUGCAGCAAACGAUGACGUUUUUAACCAACAAAAGUUCUUGUAUGUUAUCUGUGAUUUGUAUAAUCUGUAUGGUUAUGAUGUUAUUUCUCGCUAAUUUUACAGAACGUACGUAUAUGCCAUACGAAAGAAUUAAAGAUAAUUUAUUUAAACUACAUCCAGAUGUACUCACAGAAUCAUCCUUAAAAUAUCAAUCUUUGGUAAACGAGAUAUAUGCAGAGCGAGUACUACAUUUGCGGGAGACAUGUCGGAUCAAUUCAGAUGAGUUUCUUGGCGAUUCUAAAGACCAAGAUGUGAAACAUAAUAUACACGUAGAACAAAAUCAUAAUUUAGUAUAUUGUCAGAUUCAGAAAGUUGGAUCAUCAUUUUUACGGAAAUUAUUAAGUAAAGUAUUCAAGAGUAGUAAUAUAAAGAGAUCAAAACGAGGUUUUAUAAGAUUAACACAACAUAAAGAUAUUGGUUUUGCAGAGCUUCAUUCCGUUAUACAGAAAUCCGACAAAUUUAUGUUUGUUCGAGAACCAUAUUCCCGUGUUCUGUCUGGAUAUGUUGAUAAGUUAUUUUGUACUAAUACACUUUACUGGAAAGUAACGGGAAAAUAUAUAGUUUCACAAUUGCGUAUAGAUGCUAGUGAUGCUUCUUUGCGAUGUGGGCACGAUGUUACAUUCCCAGAAUUCGUCAAGUAUAUCAUUCAUUCAGAAAGCCUUAGCAGGCACAAAGACCGACACUUUACACCGAUGUACGAACACUGUCGGCCAUGUCAAAUUCCUUAUGAUUUUAUCGGGAAAUUGGAAUCUUUUAAAGAAGAUGUCUUAUUUUUGAUAAAUGUCUGGAACAAUGCUUAUGAAACUAAUAUUACAUUCAAUGACUUCGAUACUGAGACAACUGAAUCAAGAGUGUUCGGACAGGUUACACGCAUAUUUGGGAUGAGGAAACAAUUGGAACGGUGCAUGUCAUUCUACAACGCUAGUGUAAGGUCCUGGAGAGAUUUACAAAUAAGAGGAGUAUUACCAAUACAGGAACCAUACCCAUUCAGUCCAGAGUUUACUCGAGAUCAUAUGACUAAAAUGGAUUUUUUCGAAGCAGCCAAACAAGCUAUUGCUUCCGUGUCUGAUAUCAGAUCUGUCAAAGCUCAGCGUAAUGAGGCUUUCAUUGAAGCAUUUAGUUUAGUACCAAUGGAAGAUUUAUAUCAAUUGCAAAAUAUUUUAAAACCAGAUUGUGAUUUAUUUAAUUAUGAUUGUAAACCGCCAAAAAUAUUUGUUAGAAAUAACAACAGUGUUAAACGAUUGAAAUAUUUUGACCUAUUGUGAAAACUAAAUUUUAACAGAAAGUCUUCUCGCUUAUGAACAUUUUUUCCAUACUACCGUAUAGAAUAUAAUAUACAGUAUGGACGGUUAUAAAGGUUAUACAAUUUAUCAGAUAAUAACUUUAUCAACUGGUAAUUGCACCGUGUUAAAACGUCAUGUGAUUAAGGUACGUUUAGGGAAACGUCCAGUAGUCUAGAUUUUUGUUUUAAUGGGUACAUGUGUUGGUUGAUAUUUUUCCGUUGCGAAAUCGUUAGCCUCUUAGGGGGAAUAUAGUUUUUGGUGUGAUUUUUUCUGUUACUUUUUAUAAUGUUCGUGCUUCCUUAAUGAAUCCUAGUGUAAUAUGCAUACUUAGGGCCGUUUGAGAACAUUAACUACAUGACUGAAUUAAUAUUAGAGAGCAAAUAACUAUCAAGAUUAAAUUCAAAUUAGUAGAUAAUGAUAGAUAUGGAAAGUUUAUGAUACGGAUCCUAAUUUCUAUCCUAUCAAAAUCAAUAAAUUUGUACUGGUGUGUCCUAUUUUGUUUGUAAUGAAGUACAGAAAAUAAAGGGGAAUGCAAGCAUAUUACCUCAACAAGACAUACAUUGUAAUAUACAUACAAUGUAUGUACAUAUCAUGCAGUUGUUGAAUCCACUCUCCUCAGUGACCAUGACUUUUCAAUAAAUGGAGCAGCAUACUGCAUAAGUUAACUGACGGACAUAAAAGACAUAAAACCAAUUUAUCUAAGAUAUUCAUAUCACCGAUAUUUAAAUGCUACACUAUACAAUAUAUUUCGAAGGUCUGCGUAUUAAGAACUUAGAGUAAAAACAUGUAUUCAUCUUCAAUUUCAUUUUUACACACAAAACAAGAUCUUUCAUUAGGUAUUCUUAUAUUGUCUUGUUUGCAAUAACACCACACCUAAAUUUGGCAUAAGAACUUCUAAAUUUAAAAGACAUAUUUUGUUGAAUAUGAAUAUAACUAUGUAGAAUAUUGAGAUGUAUACAGCUAAUAAGUACGAAGUUUGUUACCAUUUCUCUGUGCCAUUCUUCAAUAUGUUUAUUAAAUGAAAUAUCUUCAAGUUGUGAAACAAUAUUCUUAUGAAAACUAGUAUACAAUUCAAAAUUACAAAAGUUUUUUCAUGACUCCAUUUAUUACACCAGUUUUUUUUUAUUAUCAUUAUUUACAGCAAUUUGAACACUUUAUAUACUAGUCAACAAAAGUAACGGUACACAAGUUUGAACUCUAAUUUAUCAUAAAACAUAAUAAAUAGGAAAAACUGUUAAAUUAUCCAAAGAAAAACAAACAAUUGAAAGAUUAAAAGAAUCUAACGAAAUUGGAAAGUAAGAAAAUACCGUGUUAUUGGACACAGGGGUAAAAUUUAUUUUUGCAGAAAAUGAUGACAAAAGUCGGCACUUAAUUUCGAAGAUGAGAAUUUAGUAUUCAAAUAUCUGCAAAGGCAUUCAAAAUAUUAAGCAGACCAUGCUUAAGUUUAAAGUUUUAAGUUCUAAUAUAGAUUUUUGAAUUUUUGGGUGAAAAUACGAUUUUUGAAAUAACAAAAAUUGCCAAAAAAAUAAAAUAAUUGCGUAUUUGGCUUAAAUCAAUGGUUUUGAUAAGAAAAUAGCACUAUGUAAAUAUUAGACCAAUUGGGCAAAAUUUACCUUGGUACAGUGUAUCCAAUUUCAUUAUAUAUGGAAAAUACAUUGCCUUGUAUCGUUUCUUUUGUUGACUAGUAAAUAAUUUAUUAUCAUAAAAUUGACUGACUUUAUAAUAAGAUGGUAUACUGUCUUAUGUAUUGCAAAGUAAGGGGCAAUAGUUCUUUUUAUUUAUAUUAAUAGAACAACUUUGUUGCAGAGAGUUAGUGAACUUGAGUAAAUAUCACUUUCAAGAUUUGAUUUGAUUCUUUACCAUUACCUAUACAUGUGGUAUAAAAUUUGACAUUGUUACCUUAAGUAGUGGACAGCCAAGGGUUCACUGAUGAUAAUUAUUUAUUAUAUUAUAAUUACUAAUUUCAAACUAGUUCAGUUAUUAUCUGUAAGAAAUAUUAAGGAGUUAAAUAAUCUGGGUAAAUAACUUUAUGAGGCAGAGAAAAUUCGUGACACUUGAUUUUUGUUAUGUACCUUUAUUACCAAUGUAAAUUGUAUGCCAAACUCCGCUAUAUGUUAGAAAUUGUUUAUGACAUUAAUGCUGUAUAUGUAAACUGUAUAAAUUGUGUAUCUGUUUAAUCCUAUGAGCUGUAUUUGCUUACGGAAUAAAGUAUUAUUAUUAUUAUUAUAUAUGUAUAAGGGUAUGUAUGGGGUCCUUCAUUUCUGUAUUCUUUAAUUUUUUCGCUCAUUAUUCUUUUUUAAAAUGGCUAUUCUGUAAUUACUUGAUAUCUGUAUUCCGGACAUUGUUCUUUUCUGUAAUCAGUAUAUUUUUAUCCGAUUCUUUAAUUUUUGCAGUUAUUCUUUAUAUUUUAGCACCCCAUUAUUCUCUAUUCUUUUUUCCCUAUUUUUCUCUAUUCUUUUUUGUUUUUGUUUUGUGCCCAUUAUUCUCUAUUCUGUAAACCCCAUCCACACCCUCAUUCAUACCCAAUAAAAUAUUUCAAGAAGUGGGGGAGGGGGUGCUUCCUCUGACUCACUGCAAUAAUGAAUGAUCUAUGAAUUAUCAGAAAUAUAAUACAUACUAGAUUCAAUAGUUUAUUAGAUUCAAUAGUUUAUUAAAGUCUCACCACAUACAUACAAGUAUAUAAACACAUUAUAAUAUCAAGUACACAAUAUAAAAAUUUAGAAUGCAUGUGCCAUUCUUAAAAGAACUAUGAGAGAAUGUUAUAUACAAUUAUAAAACAACAGAAUUAAAACAUAAUUUUGUUAUUUACACAAAACAUAAAAGUGCAAUAUCACCAUGCACAUUCAAGGAUAAAACCUGUUACAUGUACAUAAAAAAAAAUAACAAUGAUUUUUUAACAAUCUAAGAUACUAUCAGAUUAUUCCAUCCAUAUUUUAUUUAGGAAAGGAUUUGUAUAGGUUUUGUCUUUUGUCCAAUCCCUUUGUUUAAAUGUACGUUUGAUAUUUGAACAAUAAAAUAUUUUGAAUUGAAAAAAAACACCAACAAAACGUUAUAAUUUAUUCUGUUAUUUUCCAUGACACUACUUCUUGCAUUUACACGAAAAUGUCUAUCAUAUUGGUAUCCCAAGCCAUGAAUACUUUUUGUGUACCGCAUUGAAAAGGGACAAAGAACUUAAAAGCCAUUAGAUAUAACAAAACAUUUACUCAUUGCAUAUUGUUGUUCAAGCACUUGUUGAUAAUGUCUUGAUUAAUUAGACAAUUAACUGAUGUUCUGCAAUUAUAGCAAUUACUCAAGAAAAGACUAUCUUUAUAUGACUGUAACAACACAAGCUGAACUUGUGAUAAAAACAAAGUUUCGCUUCGCCAUAUCUUAUUUGUAUGAAAUUUGCCUUUCUAUAAAGAGCCAUCAGAUCAAAGUAAAUCGUUCGAAGAUUGAAGCAAUGUAAGUUGACACUUAUCAUAUUACUGUUAUUUUUGAAUAUUUUAAUUAUUAAAUAUGCUUAAAAAUGAA